UGCUGACCAAAGGCCCGACCAUGGCGCGCGGAAGAGUGAUCAUGGCCUGUGCGGCGCUGGCCUGCACAUUGGUCAGCAUGAAAUCUGCCUUCACUCCAUCCCUGCCGGGCAACAUGGGCAUGGCCACUGCUGGUCGGGAUGGAAGCAAAGCAGCGCACGCUCACGCAGCGAAAUGCUGACGGCUCAAUGCUGAAGCCAUUUGGCCCAGUUGUGACCUAUGCCAAGGCACUCAUGGAUGCAGCCCGUGAGAAAGACGAAGAUGUCGCUGUCACAGAGGAUGUGCUGAUGAUCAAGGACAAGUUCAAGGAGGAGGAGUGGCUGGACAAGCUGGUGACUGUGCAGAAUGAUCCUUACCUAACUGAAGUGCAGAAGGCCAACAAGAUCGUGGACCUCUUGAAGCCCUUGAAGUCCACUGUGAUGCCCAAGUUCAUCGUCUUUUUGGCCAAGAAGAAUCGAUUGAACGGUAUCAAGGUGAUCAUGUUUGAAUACGUGCAGAGCAUGUACUACCUCCAAUCCAUCACUCCUGUGCGAGUGACUUCCGCACAGCGCUUGACAGAGGAUCAGCUGGCAAAGAUCAAGGAGAAGAUGAAGAGCAAAUGUGGCACCAGAGACGUGAAGUUGGUGGCAGAAGUGGACCCCAACCUCAUUGGCGGCCUGACCCUGGAGUGGGGUUACACCGAUCCAGUUCAACUCUACGCUCCUACUCACGGCGUGGACCUCUCACUCAAGAACAUUCUCAACAAGAGGGCCCUUCAGAAGGGCGUGGUGGAUGCACUCUGAGCCGAGCACUUGCCCCAGGUUCUGCUCUGCCCACAGAGAUAUUGUUGAGUUAGAUGCAUAGCCUUUGCACACGAUCAUUUUUUCCAGUUCCGAUGGAGUAUUCAAUGAAAUGCCGAAGAUUCUUGUGUUGCCUUGUAGCCACUUCUAGACAACAUCUUGCAGCUCAUCGGG